GUGACUACAAGUGGUUAGUCUUUGGGUGACAGAGGAAGCUGCUUCUUGGGUGAUAAGGACACAUUGCAAUAGACAGACACACACAUGCUGUUUUAUAAGGAUACACAUUAUCACUGGAUGUAACCAUGUUUUUGUGGCCUAAACUCUUGGUGUUUGGCUUGGCUCUUGUGGACCUGCAUGUUUUCAGUCAAGGCCAAAAAACAAAUGGAUCUACUUCUGCAAUUCCUCCAUCUGGAAAAACAAGUCUCUCUCCACCGUCUGGCCCUUUUCUCAUACCUACACACUCCACUUCACUCUCACCUGCAAGCAUCUCUGAAGUAAAGCCUGACUCUACAACAAAAGGAGCUACUUACCAGCCCUCUAAUUCUACUGAAAUAUCAGUUAACAAAACCAGUAUUGCUUCUACCGCUUCCAGCGCCAUGACAGCGACUAUUCCACCAAGCAACAGAUCCCACACCGCUCACAUGGAAUCAAACUCUACAAGCAUUCAAGCAUUCAGCAGCACUGCUGCCCUUCCUUCACUCUCACCCUCCUCCAUCACGCAUGCACCAUCAGAUUCUUCCACACAUGCCAGCAUUUCAUCACCCACCGUCACUCCAGCAAUCACCUCUCAAGCUCCCACAGACAUCACCCCUGUACUCACUACUUCCAAGGACUGCAGCAAAAUUAGUAUUUUAGUGGCUGAUUUUCAAUAUGUUGACCACUUCGUCAAUGCAAAAAUUUCUAUUUCGGGAACAUCAGAUCUGCCAAACAUUACCUGCAAUGACAAGAUUUGUAACUGGAGGUCGGAUGAAAAUAUUCUUGCCCAACUUUACGAAUGUGAAGUAUACAAUAUAGAAGCACAUUUUCAUGGAUGCAGUGAUACCAUUAAGCUGUCAUUUCAGGUCCCCCCUGUUGGAAGGAAUGUAAGCACAGGUGACAAAAAGGCAACCACUGUGACUCUAUCCUGGGACAUCCCUGAAAAUUUUGGAUGUGAUUUAAACUAUUCCUACUGCUGUUAUCCUGAUGGUAAGAAGUCCCUUGAACGCUGCACUCCAGGAAGUUCAAAAGAGGAAACAUUGUCUCAAUUAUCACCCAAUACGAACUACAUUUGCAUAUCAAAAAUAUUUUUUAACAAUUAUGUAGUCAUGAGGACCAUCCCGUAUAAAACAGAUUAUGGAAACCCGGGCAAACCUGUCAAUGUUGUAUCGAAAACACAAGCAACUAGUAUAUUAAUCAGUUGGAAUGAGCCAGUAAAUGACAUCAAUGGCAGUAUUGAUGGCUACAAGGUCCUAAUAUGUAGUAAAAAUGAUGUAAACUCGCCCUGUGACAAAGUUCUUGAACCUGAGGAUGUUUUUAAAAAUACCAGCCAUCAAUGGCAGGACUUGAAGCCUUACACAAUGUAUUACAUGAGUGUAUGGGCAUACACAGAGAUAGAGAACAGCAAAACACGUGACUGGGACAAACAUAACAGCACUAAUGUCACUCAACCAGCAAAACCGAAACCUGUGAGAAACAUCAAAGGACACUUGUCAGAACAAGCAAACAAUGCUGUAGACAUUACCUGCACAAAACCAGAAGAAAUUAAUGGGCCCAGGGAAAUCUUUACAUUGGAAUGGGACGGUGGCAGUAAGAAUGGAAGCAAAUGUCUCUUUAAUGUGACAGACCUUUAUCACUUGAAAACUUACAAUUUUACGAUUGUUUUUUUCAAUGGAAAUUAUUCUUCAGAUGUAAAAUGGGUAACAGUGGACACCAGAUAUAAUUCUAAAGCCCUGAUUGGAUUUUUGGCAUUCCUCAUUACUGUGACAUCUUUGGCUUUAUUCAUUGUUCUGUAUAAAAUCUACACCCUCAACAGAGAUAAAUCAAGUAAUGCAGAUGAAGCUGUAAUGCUUGUUCCAAGAGAUGAUGAAAAGCAGCUGAGGAGUAUAGAACCAAUUCCUGCAGAGCUGCUGUUGGAAACCUAUAAAAGAAAGAUAGCAGAUGAAGGAAGACUUUUCCUGGAUGAAUUUCAGAGCAUUCCCAGAGUUUUCAGUAAAUUCACUAUAAAAGAUGCCCGCAAAUCUUACAACCAGAACAAAAACCGUUACGUUGACAUCCUCCCAUAUGACUACAACCGUGUGGAGCUUUCUGCGAUACCCGGUGACCCUGGUUCAGACUACAUCAAUGCAAGUCAUAUUGACGGUUUCAAAGAACCAAGAAAAUACAUCGCUGCCCAAGGUCCCAAGGAUGAGACAACUGAUGAUUUCUGGAGAAUGAUCUGGGAGCAAAAGGCAACAAUUGUUGUCAUGGUGACUCGCUGCGAGGAAGGAAACAGGAUCAAAUGUGCCAAAUACUGGCCAUCUAUGGAAGAGGAGACCGCGUCUUACGGAGACAUUGUUGUAAAGAUAAAUGAAUGCAAAGUGUGUCCUGACUACAUCAUUCAGAAAUUGCACAUCACAAAUAGAAGGGAAAAGACAACGGGAAGAGAUGUGACCCACAUUCAGUUCACAAGCUGGCCAGACCAUGGAGUACCUGAUGAUGCCCAUCUGCUUCUCAAGUUACGCCGCAGAGUCAACGCUUUAAGCAAUUUCUUUAGUGGCCCCAUCGUGGUCCACUGCAGUGCUGGUGUCGGGCGUACUGGAACCUAUAUUGGAAUUGAUGCAAUGCUAGAGGGACUGGACAGUGAAGGAAGAGUAGAUGUCUAUGGCUACAUUGUGAAGUUACGGCGUCAGCGAUGCCUCAUGGUGCAAGUGGAGGCACAGUAUAUCUUGAUCCAUCAAGCUUUGGUUGAAUACAUGCAGUUUGGUGAAACAGAGGUCACUAUCUCAGAACUGCACAACUACCUUAAUCACCUGAAGAAAAGAGAUCCUCCCAGUGAUCCAUCUCUGUUGGAAGCUGAGUUCCAGAGGCUGCCUGCAUAUAAGAACUGGCAGUCACAGAGAACGGGCAAGAAAGAUGAAAAUAAAAGUAAAAACCGGAGUUCAACAGUUAUUCCAUAUGAAUAUAACAGAGUGUUAUUCAAACAUGAAGAGGAGGGGAGCAGAGAGAGUGAACAUGAUCCCAAUGACUCUUCAGAUGAAGAAAGUGACUGCGACAUGGAACCUAACAAAUAUAUCAAUGCUUCUUUCAUAACUGGUUAUUGGCUUCAAAAUACAAUGAUAGCAACACAAGGGCCACUCCCAGAAACCAUCAGUGACUUCUGGAAUAUGGUUUAUCAGAGAAAAGUAAAAGUUAUUGUUAUGCUGACUGAGUUGAAAGAUGACACUCAAGAAUUCUGUGCACAGUACUGGGGAGAAGGACAAAAGACAUAUGAUGGCCUCACAGUUGAACUGAUAGAUGUCAACAGUUGUUCCAGUUACACCAUCCGUGCCUUUGAUCUAACUCACAUGAAGAGGAAAGAAACCCGAAAGGUCUUUCAGUAUCAGUACCAUAAAUGGAGAGGCUUUUCUCUCCCAGAAAGCCCCAAAGAAAUAAUCACCAUGAUCCAGAAUCUCAAACAGAAGCUUCCAUCACCAGAUGUUACAGCUGAUAUGUCCAGCAAGAAUGUUUCAAUUGUCAUUCACUGCCGUGAUGGGUCCCAGCAAACAGGAGUAUUUUGUGCCUUGAUGAACCUCUUGGAAAGUGCUGAGACUGAAGGCAUCAUAGAUGUUUUCCAACUCGUGAAAUCUCUUCGCAGAGCCAGGCCAGGAAUGAUUUCCUCUUUUGAAGAUUAUCAGUUUCUGUAUGAUGCUAUUGCUAGCAUGUAUCCUGCCCAGAAUGGACAACUGCAAAAGACCCAAUGCCCAGAACACAAAGUUGAUAUUCAGAAGGAUGUAAAGAAAGAAGAGGAAGCUAACUCAGUUACAAUUGAUCUCUUCCUUCCAGUUCAAGAAAUUGGGAAUGAUCUGGAAAUGUCUGACGAUUCCAAAGCCAAGGAUGGCACUAGGCAAGCAGAAAGUUCUUCUAAUGGACCCACAAAUCCAGUUUUAACUGAAACAGUCUAGAAUCUUUUUGAACCCUUCCAGUUAAUGGUCUCUGUACAUGUGCAGCAAAUUUAAACCAAAAGGAGAAUUGGAUAUUUCCUCCAUAAUCCCAACUUCUUACUGCGUUAGAGAAAAGUUUUUUGUAAAAUCUUGAAACUAUUGUUUUCUCCCAAGGCACUGUGAAUUUUGUGUGUUUGUUUGUUUGUGUGUGUAGGUUUGCAAUUUUUAAUUGUAUGGUACAAGUUGUACACUUUAAUAUUUUUUUAAUGGGCUUUUACAUAGCAGCAAAGGAGGGAAGGCAAUCUACUAUUUUGCAUUUCUGUUAAUAAGAAAGAAAAUAGCCAGUGCAGAGAUCAGAUAUACCUGUCACCAAUUAUAUUCAGAUAUUAGUGUAAAUACCCAGAUAAGUAUCGAAAGUAUAACACAACCAGUGAUGUAGUGGAAUCAGGGCUGCAGCACCGACACUUUUUUCAUUAGCAGGGACACUGACAUCAACUGCUACCCCCUCAGGUUUUCCUCUUUCCUAUGAAUUUAAUUGUAAUUCUAGCUGGGGGGAAAAAUGAAUUUUCUCAGCAACUGUAUAGUGUUCCCUUCAUAAUGCAAAGUAUUUUUCAAUGGGCACUUAAGACCAUAAGCUUUCCAAAAGCCCUGUGCCUGGUGGAGACGAAAACUGCUAGAACUGGUUUGUUGAUCUGAAGCAACAAAGCAGCCUGAUUUUGGGGUCCUUUUCCCCCAGAAUGGAUAUGGGACUGUCAUGAAGAAAGGCUGCACUUCAAAAUUAACCACUCCACCGCUCAGUAUAAUGAGUUCUGCAUGUCCGGGACAGCUUGGGAAGACGUAUUUCUCAAGUAACUUUAUACCAUGUCACAGUUUUAAUCUAAGCACAGGUUUAAAAUGAGUUCCUGAUAGGACAGAAAGUUCUGUUAAACAAAGAAGCAAAAUGAAUAUAUGGAGCACAAAAAGCACAAUGCCUGUUGCAGAUAAUGAGGCAUGCCUUGAUAUUGAACUGAAUAAAUUACAGAGUGUCAUCAGUAUAUUGAAGCCCACGUGGAACAUAGGAUAAUAUCAUGGUCUAUUAUCCUAUGGCCAUUCUGACAAAAGACCAUAGUAUUAUGGGCAAAAGUUUAUUAAGCAAAGAUGCAGAUGACAGAUCCAUAUGACAGAUCCAUUGUAUGAACCAGAUUGGCAUAAACCAAGGAACUGAAACUGCAGAAUGGGCAUUAACAAAUAGCAAAAUGCUCAUCAACUAUAGGCUUGCAGUUCUAAAACUGGCCUCAGGAUGCCACUGUUUCCCCAGAAAUUCACCUGACUGUUCAGCUCUGAAUCUCCAAAAAGCUUGAUAAAUUAUGAACAUUGAAUGUUUUGCGAAAUGCUGGAGAAACAUUGUUAAGUUAACAUUUGGAUUCUACACGUUAGCACAGCUGGGCUUCCCCCCCCUUUUUUUAAUACUCUGGCUUGCAUGGUGUUAUUAUUUUUACAAGAUGUCUCCCUCUCGUCUUUUGAUUCUUGUAUAUGCUAUUCUUUCUGAAGGUUUGCUGCAGGUUUCAGUCAUUUUAUAUGAAAAACAGUUUUAUAUAUAUUAUAUUUCUGAUUACUUCUACUUUGAAAUAAAACAAUGUAUCAGCUUAAA